ACGUAAUGAAACGCUCAUCUCUGGAAAAGAAGAGGACACAACAUGGAAACACUAACGCCGAAAAGAAGCCCCAUAGCUCGAAUGGGAUAUGCGCUUUCAUAGUCAUUGGCAUUGCUUAAUACAUGCAUUGCGAUUUUGACAUUCCAGGUGUGUUUAUGUUAUUUUUUUAACUCGACGCAGCUCAUUACUUGCACCACGUUUUCAUUGUACGAUGUGUAAAUUCAAUAGUUGACUUUUGAAUAUUUUGGUGUUCUCCAUAUUAGUAGCCUGCUGAUGAUUUGAUUGGAUACAUGAUAAAAUGGGUGAUCAGAAAGAAGUGAAUGUAUUUUUAUGAAUAAGAGGAGCGAGAAAGAGAGAAAGGAUUGCACAUCUGGAAAUGUUGGUAUUCGUCAUUCGAUAUUUUCAGCAAAUCAAUUGAGCAACAUAUUUUGUUGUACAACGCUGUCUGGAAAACAUCUCCCUUCCCUCUGGCAGAAGAAUCGCAGUCCUCAGUGUGCUUCAGUUGGACAGACUCAACAGAGCGCAGCCGACACAGCGACGGUGUGAGUGGAGCAGAGAGAACCGAGGAUGGGGGGCGGAGGCCAGCAGACUGAGUCAGGCGAGCCGGCCAAGGGUGACAGGGGUGGGCUCGGUGGAGGGGGAGGAGGGCGAGGUGGCAGUGCAGUCUACACCUGGGAAGAGGUCCAGAGGCACUCUCACAGAGGCGACCAGUGGUUGGUCAUCGACAGGAAGGUCUAUAACGUUACCCAGUGGGUGAAGAGACACCCGGGGGGCAUCAGGGUCAUCAGUCACUUUGCUGGAGAAGAUGCCACGGAAGCAUUUUCCGCCUUCCAUCCCGAUCCUAAUUUUGUCCGGAAGUUUCUGAAGCCGUUGCUGAUUGGUGCGCUGGCACCCACAGAGCCCAGCCAAGACCAGGGGAAAAAUGCAGCACUGGUGCAGGACUUCCAGGCCUUGCGUGAUCGUGUGGAGAGGGAGGGACUCCUCCGUGCCCGCCCCCUGUUCUUCAGCCUCUACCUGGGCCACAUCCUGCUACUAGAGGCCCUGGCUUUGGGCCUACUCUGGGUCUGGGGGACCAGCUGGAGCCUCACACUGCUCUGUUCCCUCAUGCUGGCCACGUCUCAGUCCCAGGCUGGCUGGCUGCAGCAUGACUUCGGCCACCUGUCAGUCUUCAAGAAAUCCAGUUGGAAUCACAUACUGCAAAAGUUUGUCAUUGGACAUCUAAAGGGUGCCUCUGCCAACUGGUGGAACCAUCGUCACUUCCAGCACCACGCUAAACCCAACGUGUUUAGUAAAGAUCCUGAUAUCAACUCACUGCAUGUCUUCGUCCUGGGAGACAAACAGCCUGUAGAGUAUGGUAUAAAGAAGUUGAAGUACAUGCCUUACCAUCACCAACACAAGUACUUCUUCCUCAUUGGACCUCCACUACUUAUUCCAGUGUAUUUCCACAUCCAGAUAUUGCGGGCCAUGUUUUUACGACGGGACUGGGUGGAUCUGGCGUGGUCGAUGACUUUCUACCUCCGCUUCUUCUGCUGUUACUACCCCUUCUUUGGUCUCUUUGGCUCAGUCGCAAUGAUUAGCUUCGUCAGGUUUUUGGAAAGCCACUGGUUUGUUUGGGUGACCCAGAUGAGUCAUCUUCCUAUGGAGAUGGAUCACGAGAGACGCCAGGACUGGCUCACCAUGCAGUUGAGUGCUACUUGCAACAUUGAAAAGUCACCCUUCAACGACUGGUUCAGUGGACACCUCAACUUUCAGAUUGAACACCAUCUGUUUCCUACCAUGCCCCGUCAUAAUUACCACCUGGUGGCUCCUCUGGUGCGUGCUUUGUGUGAGAAACAUGGAGUUCCCUAUCAGGUCAAGACCAUGCAGCAAGGCCUCACUGAUGUUGUCAGGUCACUGAAGAAGUCAGGCGAUCUGUGGCUGGAUGCAUAUCUUCAUAAAUAAAUCCCUUCCUGACUCUGGACGGGGUUUAAUCCCAUCGCACAUUAACGACCUGCGAACAGAGAUAGAUUGAAAAGGACAUUUCUCCCAGACGUUUGUGUCGAUAAUGAUCGCUGCAAACAGCGUGGAUGUUGACUCAAGCGUAAAUCACCUUUUUAAAAAGUAAAUCACAGGUCUGCAUGUGAAACUGGAUGUCUGGUGAUGUCUUCCCCGUGCCAUCUUAACUCUGCCUACCAAACAGAGUACUCUAAUGUACAGGUACUAUUAUACUACCACAUACAUAUAAUACUACAUAUUAGAUUAAUAUUGUAUUGUGUUAUUGAUGAUGUAGGGCUGUUGUUGUGUUUUGUUGUGAUGUAACUGUUUUAACCCUGUUUGGACCUCAGGAAGAGUAUCCUGCUGCAGCAGCUAAUCGGGGAUCCUUAUUAAUACUAAAUACUACAAUUCUGACAAAAGCUGUAUCCCAUCUAGUCCAAACCUAAUACAAAUAUUCUGUAUUAUAUCUGAGUGGCCUGUCUGUGUGGUGGUGAUAUCACUGUGCGGUGUGCAGUAUUUUUUUUUUAACCACAGUAUAGUGUUAACAGAAUUUUCAAACAUGUCUGUACAAUUUUCAUUUGUCAUUUUGAAAUAACUUUUAGUAUUAUUUGGAGUACAAGACCAUCAUGUAAUCAACGACAGGACACUCACUGUGCUGUGAAUGUGAGCUGCCUUCAGAGUUCAGGGUCGUGUUCAGUUGGGAGAAAAUGUUUUUAAAACGAGGAGGUAUGACCUGAAAUAGUGCCAAUAGGAACAUCGAUUUUCUGUUGUCAAUUGCGGAAUUUUUUUUUUUUUUUGCUACAAUAUGUCCUAUUGAAAACGAUCCUAGACUUUGUGGCUGUGUUAUUGCUGAGCCUGAUCUGUAACGUAUGGUUGUAUGUUUUUAAAUCUGUAUACUAAAGGGGAAGUUAUAUGGAGAUAGGUUGCUGCAGUUACAACAUUUUGGCAGUAAUCUACCCCCCCAUAGUGCGCAGUCUGUCCAUGGACCUGUUUAUGGAGGCAGAAGCUAACGGAUUUCUCUUCUGUAAGAUCAGACUAUUAAAAAAAAAAAGUCUCCUUUUUCCAAGACAGAAGAAACGGGUUGAUACUGAAUGAUAAACUACUUUCACAUUAUUAUUUGGCUGCAUCUUCAAGAUGUAUUACAACAACAAACAUUGUAGUAAUCGUACAGUACUGUGGUGGCAGAAUUGGGGGUGGGCUGUUGGACAUUUCUCUCAAGGGGUUAUGCUCUGUUCUCUGUUGGACUGUGAUAUUAUGCGUUUUCAUAGACUCCUGGUACGUCUGCACCCUAACACAAGGCCAUUGUGUUCCGGGAACUUGUUGCUUGUAUAAAAUAACUGUUGUGUAAAACAAUAUGAUUGUAUUAGCACCUCCCACUAUAUAAGGGACAUGUGAUCAUUUUACUCUUGGAGCUCUGCCCCCCUGACUGCAAUGCUCAUAUGUAUUAAAAAUUCACUAUUGUACAAUUUAAAUUAGUCUCUGCCUAAUCUUUGGAUAGAGUUUUCCACAACAGUACUACAGAACAAAAUUUAACAUGGAUGAGGAUCUCUACCGACUAUGUUUUUUUUUUUAUUAAGACGUUCUCUCCCAACUCUUGUUACCACCAAAGCUGUAUUUGCACAACCACAUUAAUCAUAUUCUUUAAAAAAGGCACUGGGUUAAAUAAUAAUAAAUAAAAAAAACAGUUAUCUACUCUCCACUACUUCGGAUUACUCUUGUGUGAUUACCGUACAGUUCUCUGUGAAUCAUGGAACAGUGACUUUAUAAGGAGCAUUGUCCACAAAAGCGGGAUCAGAUUGAAUUCCGACCUUGGGUUUAUUAUUGGAGGAAUAAACAUUUUACACAGAACAGAAAUAUGAUUGGAUUAAUAUUGUAAAUGUAAAGCGUACUUCAUAUAGACCGUGUCACAGAGAUGCAAUAGAGGAUACAGGUGCUGCAUUUAGUAAUAGAGAAUACGUAAGCUGAAUUACAGAAGUGUAUUUAGUUGAUUUAGUAAACGGCUGCGAUAUGGACCGUGUGACGUGUUAUGAGAAUAGAUUGCAGACUGCUCAAAAACAUACAUAUAGCGCUAUAUAUUAAACAGUAUAACAUUGUACUACACUGUAGGUUAGUAUAAUCGGUUAUGUGAACAUCAACAUCCAAUUUGACAAUAUACAUUGAGGUCCUUAUAGAUUAGAUUUUACAAAAAAAAAAAAAAGAUAUCUU